ACGCGCUGUGGCGGGGCGGUCCUCUUGUUGGGAGGGCAGGGCGAUAGGAUGCCGCAGUUGGGAGUUUGUUGUUUCCCACUUACACUCUCUCUGAUGAAUAUUUUUUAAAAAGUAACCACCCAGCGGUAUCACACGUCGAAAAGUUAAGGGCUUCCGUAUUGUCUCAGGCUCCACUGGAAAUGCAGCAAGGAUUCCUAGCACAUCCCAGUUGCUAUAGCAACAGCAGUCUUUCCCAUAAUGAGCUGCAUCAUCUGAACUGAUGUCACAGCAUCAUGCAGCAGGUCAAACAAGGCAUCUCCUAGUAUUGCAUCCUACAGAUGUGCUGUAAACAUCAAAAGCAGACGGUGGGAGCAGGAGAUGAGUUGCCUGAAGAAGGUCUGGGACACCUGAGGUAGCUUUAUAUCUUUCCUACAAGCUGUUUUGGAAAGAAGUAAGGAUUAGACUUCUCCAUGUUAACCAUGAGUGUGACACUUUCCCCACUGAGGUCACAGGAUCUGGAUCCCAUGGCUACUGAUGCUUCACCCAUGGCCAUCAACUUGACCCCCACUGUGGAGCAGGGUGAGGGAGAAGAGGUGAUGAAGGAUAUGGAUUCUGACCAGCAGUAUGACAAGCCACCCCCACUGCAUACAGGGGCCGACUGGAAGAUUGUCCUCCAUUUACCUGAAAUUGAGACCUGGCUCCGGAUGACUUCAGAGAGGGUCCGGGACCUAACCUAUUCAGUCCAGCAGGACUCAGACAGCAAGCAUGUGGAUGUGCAUUUAGUUCAACUGAAGGACAUUUGUGAAGAUAUUUCUGAUCAUGUUGAGCAAAUCCAUGCCCUCCUUGAAACAGAGUUCUCCCUGAAGCUGCUGUCCUACUCUGUCAGUGUGAUAGUGGACAUCCACACGGUGCAGCUCCUCUGGCACCAGCUCCGAGUCUCUGUCCUGGUUCUGCGGGAGCGUAUUCUGCAAGGUCUACAGGAUGCCAAUGGAAACUACACCAGGCAGACCGACAUUCUGCAAGCUUUCUCUGAAGAGACAAAGGAGGGCCGACUUGAUUCUCUAACAGAAGUGGAUGACUCAGGACAGUUAACUAUCAAAUGCUCUCAAAAUUACUUGUCUCUGGAUUGUGGAAUUACUGCUUUUGAGCUGUCUGACUAUAGUCCAAGUGAGGAUCUGCUUGGUGGCCUGGGUGACAUGACCUCUAGUCAGGUCAAAACCAAACCCUUUGACUCCUGGAGCUACAGUGAGAUGGAAAAGGAGUUCCCAGAGCUUAUCCGAAGUGUUGGGUUGCUUACGGUAGCUACUGACCCUCUCCCUUCCAACUGCACUGAAGCGAUUAGAGAGGAGGCAUCUCACAUAUCUCCCUCAGCAGAUGACAAAGGUGGAUGUGAGGAAAACAAUGCUUCCACAGUCAAGGAACAACCAGGCCUAGCUCCAGGGACAUCUCUGUCAUCUUCGGGGACAGCUCUGUCAAAUGCAGUUCAACCCUCUUCUGAGACUGGGAAGCAAGAAUACAACUCCUCCUCCCAACUUGGGGCAAAGAACCAACAGCCUUUUCCUUGUGAAAAUGCAACCCCCAAGCGAUCCAUUAGAGAUUGCUUAAAUUAUAACGAGGACUCUCCCACGCAGCCCACGUCACCAAAAAGAGGGCUUUUCCUUAAAGAGGAAGCUUUUAAGAAUAAUCUGAAAGGCACUGAUGGGAAGAAGCAAAUGGUUGAUCUCAAGCCUGAGAUGAGCAGAAGCACCCCUUCGCUGGUGGACCCUCCUGACCGGUCAAAGCUGUGGCUGGUGUUACAGUCUUCCUACCCCAAGAGCCUGGCUGCUGCCAGCCAGUCAUAUGAGUGUUUGCACAAGGUGGGCAAUGGGAAUCUUGAAAACACAGUCAAAAGUCAUGUUAAGGAAAUCUCCUCCAGCCUGGGAAGGCUUAAGGACUGCCAUAAAGAGAAGCCUCAACUUAAAAUGCCACACAAGUCCCCAGAGGAGGUGUCUUUGUGCCAAACACCUAAACAGGGAACCAGUUCAGGCAAGCAAGCUGAAAAUAAGAGGAGCUCAGUAGUGCCGAAUGGAAUUCCUUCGGGUACUUCCAAAGCCAUAGAGGGGCCAGAAACGGAUUCUGCUUCUACAUCCUCCCUUGAGCCAUGUAAUCAGAGAAGUUGGAGUGCCAAAUUGCCAGUGCAGUCAGAAAUAUCCAGUUCACCACCUUUCACUCAAAGCAGCGAAUCGUCUGUCGGCUCAGACAGCAUCAUGUCUCCAGUACCCCUUCUUUCAAGGCACAAAACCAAAAAGAGUUACUCCUCCUCCCCAAGUCACGUUGCCAGGAAUGGUCAGGUUGUGGAGGCCUGGUAUGGUUCCGAUGAAUACCUAGCACUGCCUUCUCACCUUAAGCAGACAGAAGUAUUAGCUUUGAAGUUGGAAAACCUAACAAAGCUUCUGCCUCAGAAACCCAGAGGAGAAACUAUUCAGAAUAUUGAUGACUGGGAACUGUCAGAAAUGAAUUCAGAUUCUGAGAUCUGUCCAACAUACCAAGUCAAGAAGAAGCAUACAAAGCUAGGAAGGGUGUCUCCAAGCUCCUCCAGUGACAUAGCCUCUUCGCUGGGGGAGAGCAUCGAAUCUGGGCCCCUGAGUGACAUUCUUUCUGAUGAGGAGUUGUGUAUGCCUCACUCUGGCAUGAAAAAAUACACUGAUGAGAAGGCGGAGAGAGCUUCAUCCUCUGAGAAAAAUGAGAGCCAUUCUGCUGCAAAAUCUGCUUUAAUUCAGAAACUGAUGCAAGAUAUUCAACACCAGGACAACUAUGAAGCCAUAUGGGAAAAAAUAGAGGGGUUUGUAAACAAGCUGGAUGAAUUCAUUCAAUGGUUAAAUGAAGCCAUGGAAACUACUGAGAAUUGGACACCCCCUAAAGCAGAGACGGAUGGCCUUAAACUGUACCUGGAGACACACUUGAGUUUUAAGUUGAAUGUAGACAGUCACUGUGCUCUCAAGGAAGCUGUGGAGGAGGAAGGACACCAACUUCUCGAGCUUAUUGCAUCUCCCAAAGCAGGACUGAAGGACAUGCUGCGGAUGGUUGCCAGUCAGUGGAAGGAGCUGCAGAGGCAAAUCAAACGACAGCACAGCUGGAUUCUCCGGGCUCUGGACGCCAUCAAAGCUGGGCUGCUCGCUACUGAUGUGUCUGUGGCGGGCGAAGGCACGGGAAGCCCCAAGGCUGAGGUUCAGCUAUGCUACCUGGAAGCACAAAGAGAUGCUGUUGAGCAGAUGUCCCUCAAGCUCUACAGUGAGCAGUAUACCAGCAGGAGCAAGAGGAAAGAAGAGUUUGCUGAUAUGUCGAAAGUUCAUGCAGUGGGAGGCGAUGGGCUUCUGGACUUUGAUUCAGAAUAUCAGGAGCUCUGGGAUUGGCUGAUUGACAUGGAGUCCCUGGUGAUGGACAGCCAUGACCUGAUGAUGUCAGAGGAUCAGCAGCAGCAUCUUUACAAGCGAUACAGUGUGGAAAUGUCCAUCAGGGACCUGAAAAAGAUGGAGCUGCUUAGUAAGGUUGAAGCUUUGAAGAAAGGUGGCGUUUUACUACCAAAUGAUCUCCUUGAAAAAGUGGAUUCAAUUAAUGAAAAAUGGGAACUGCUUGGGAAAACCUUAGGAGAGAAGACCCAGGACACAACGGCGGGGCACAGUGGGUCAGGUCCCCGUGACCUGCUCUCUCCUGAGAGCGGAAGCCUGGUAAGGCAGCUGGAGGUCAGGAUCAAAGAACUGAAAGGGUGGCUAAGAGAUACAGAGCUCUUCAUCUUCAAUUCCUGUCUGAGACAAGAAAAGGAAGGAACAAUGAAUGCUGAGAAACAACUGCAAUACUUUAAGUCCCUCUGUUGUGAAAUCAAGAAGCGGCGUCGAGGUGUGGCCUCCAUCCUGCGAUUAUGCCAGCAUCUUCUGGAUGACCGGGAGACCUGCAACCUGAAUGCAGACCACCAGCCCAUGCAGUUGAUCAUCGUGAAUCUUGAAAGAAGGUGGGAGGCCAUUGUCAUGCAAGCUGUCCAGUGGCAAACACGGCUACAAAAGAAGAUGGGAAAAGAGUCUGAGAUUUUGAAUGUGAUUGAUCCUGGCUUGAUGGACCUAAAUGGGAUGAGUGAGGAUGCCCUGGAAUGGGAUGAAACUGACAUAAGUAAUAAAUUAAUUAGUUUUAAUGAAGAAUCAAAUGACCUUGAUCAAGAACCCCAACCUGUCAUGCUUGAAGAGGCAGGUAGUGAGCAUCCUGGUUGUGAAGAAAAGACAGAUGACCAUGGGGGAGCUCAUUAUGCCUCAAGUGUUACUGCUCCCUCCAGCCCACACAUUUACCAAGUAUACAGCCUCCACAAUGUUGAACUCUAUGAGGACAACCACAUGCCAUUCCUGAAAAGCAAUCCAAAGUUCAGCAGCAUGACACAGCCUAGUGUUUUAACUAAGAGUCUCAGCAAAGAUUCUUCAUUUUCAUCCACCAAAUCUUUGCCAGAUCUUCUAGGGGGUUCCAAUUUGGUGAAGCCCUGCCCAUGCCAUGAAGGAGACACGAGCCAGAAUUCAGGCAGUGAGAGUGGAAUCGUCAGUGAAGGAGAUACUGAAACCACUACUAACUCAGAAAUGUGCUUGCUCAGUGUGGUAGAUGGAUCCCCAAGUAAUCCUGGAACUGAACAUCUGGACCCACAAAUGGGAGAUGCAGUUAAUGUGUUAAAGCAAAAAUUUAAAGAUGAGGAGGAACCCAUUAAGCUUCCAAAUAGCUCUCAGUCAUCCAUCUCACCAGUGGGUUGUGUAAAUGGAAAAGUUGGAGAUUUAGACAGUAUUACCAAACAUACCACUGAUUGUUUGGGAGAAGAAUUACAAGGAAAACAUGAUUUGUUUACAUUUUAUGAUUACUCUUACCUCCAAGGCUCAAAACUCAAAUUACCAAUGAUAAUGAAACGGUCACAAAGUGAAAAGGCCCAUGUGGAGGAUCCCCUGCUUCAUGGUUUUUAUUUUGAUAAAAAAUCCUGUAAAUCUAAACAUCAGGCUGCAGAGUUACAACCAGAUGUGCCUCCCCAUGAAAAGAUUUUGGCAAGUGCAUCCCAUGAAAUGGAUCGCACUUCAUAUAAAAGUGGUGAUGUAGAGAAGACGUUCAUUGGUGUGCAGAAUGCCAAACAGCUUUCCCUUUUAUCUCAUAGUUCGUCUAUUGAGUCCCUUUCUCCAGGGGGGGAUUUAUUUGGAUUUGGCAUCUUUAAAAAUGGCAGUGACAGCCUCCAGCGAAGCACGUCUUUAGAAAGUUGGUUGACAUCCUAUAAAAGCAAUGAAGAUCUUUUUAGCUGUCACAGCUCUGGGGACAUAAGUGUGAGCAGUGGCUCAGUUGGUGAACUGAGCAAAAGGACAUUAGAUCUCUUGAAUCGUUUGGAGAAUAUCCAGAGCCCCUCAGAGCAAAAAUUAAAGCGAAGUGUUUCUGAUAUCACUCUACAAAGCGGUUCCCAAAAGAUGGCCUUUACUGGCCAGCUGUCAUUAGACAGAGCAUCCUCAAUCAAUGAAGACUCGCCAGCAUCUCUUACAGAACUUAGCAGCAGUGAUGAGCUCUCUCUUUGCUCAGAAGAUAUCGUGUUACACAAGAACAAGAUCCCAGAAUCGAAUGCGUCAUUCAGGAAGCGCCUGACUCGUUCGGUGGCUGAUGAAAGUGAUGUCAACGUCAGCAUGAUAGUCAAUGUCUCCUGUACCUCGGCAUGCACUGAUGAUGAGGAUGACAGCGACCUCCUCUCCAGCUCCACCCUCACCUUGACAGAAGAAGAGCUGUGCAUCAAGGAUGAGGAUGAUGACUCCAGUAUUGCAACAGAUGAUGAAAUUUAUGAAGAAUGCAACUUGAUGUCAGGGCUGGACUAUAUAAAGAAUGAAUUGCAGACCUGGAUUAGACCAAAGUUUUCCCUGACAAGAGAUAAGAGAAAGUAUAAUCUCAGUGAUGAAAUAAAGGGCAGCAAGGAUGUAAGUAGUAAGGAGAUGACCAACCCCUCUGAAACCUUGAACAUUGAGGCCCUUUUAAAUGGUUCCAUAAAAUGUCUCUCUGAAAAUAAUGGAAAUGGUAAGAAUUUAUCCCACACCCAUGAGUUAGGGACAAAAGGUGACAAUAAGAAAAAUAUUUUCAAGGUUAACAACGAUCCACAUGUGGCUGACUUGGAAAAUGGCAAUAUUGAAACUACUCCAGAAAGGCAGAAGGAUAAACUGAAUGAGAUUUCAAAGGAACCAGAAAAUCUUGGCUCAGCUGGGAAAAAUAUUUCAGCGCAUUGUAAGUGUAAAGCACUUGUGGAUAGCUCAGAUGAUUCAGAUGUUGCUAGAAAGGAGUUUGUUCCCCAGAGUGUUAGACGUCUUCCAAAGAAAUGCGAAGCCCACCACCAUUUUGAAAAUCAAAGUGCUGCUUCUACUCCCACUGACAAGUCCUGCCCAGAACUGCCUUCAGAAGCCAGAGUCAUCAACAGACAGGGCUCCGGGGUACUGAAAUCCUCAUCUAAUGAUGCACCAGAUCCGGCUGGAAAAUCUGCUGGCAUCUGCCUGGCACUUGAACAAAAUGAAACAGAGGAAAAUAUUUGUAUCAGCGACAACAUUUCCUGUUGUGACUGUGAGCCAGAUAUUUUCCAUCAGAAAGAUGCUGAAGAUUGUUCAGUACAUGACUUUGUGAAGGAAAUUAUUGACAUGGCUUCAACAGCACUAAAAAGUAAAUCUCAGCCUGAAAAUGAGGCAGCUGCUCCUACUUCAUUAACUCAAAUCAAGGAGAAGGUGUUGGAACAUUCUCACCGGCCCAUCCAGCUAAGAAAAGGGGACUUUUAUUCCUACUUAUCUCUCUCCUCUCAUGACAGUGAUUGUGGGGAGGUCACCAGUUAUGUAGAAGAGAAGAGCAACACUCCAUUGCCCCUGGACGUUACUGAGUCUGGCUUAGAAGACAAGGAAGACACUGAAAGCUUCUUUGAGGCCUGUGUUGAGGAUGCCUCUGGUGGACAGGAGCCCUGUUUCUCCAGCGCACCUCCAAAUGAACGCACGGUUCCUGCAGAAGCUGCGCUGCCGCUGCAAGCAUCAGGCUCUUCUCAGCUCAGUGAUACUUCUUGCUUAGCUGGUGAUAUGGACAUGGUGGCUCUUUCCAGUGCUCCCCUGCAGAAGGAAUCUGAUGAUGGAAAGGAAGCGGAUGGUUUACCCCAACCUUCCGGUGUCCAUGGAGAAAGCUCAGAGUCAACUGCUCCGUCAGGGCUGGGCAGGGAAAAGGAGAGUUCGGAAAAUCAAGGUGACUCUGGAAUGCCAGUAGACCAUAAUGCUGCUUCAGCCAAAUGUAGAGUUCCAGGACUCUCCUCGAAGGCUAAGCAGCCGAAAGACAAGGCUAAAUUGCAUCCCAACCCCAAAACUUUAACCUGUGAAGGAAAUCUCCUAAACCAUGAAGAACAACAUAGGAACAUGCAUAGGUAGAUGUAACCCUCUCCACGCAUGAAAAUCAUCUCAUUGAAAGAUAAGCCUGGCUGCACCUCAGGGUGACCUCAUCCUCCUGCCCUGGGCUGGUCUCUGGUUCCAUCACGUCACUGCCAUUGAUGACACUGACCUCUCCCAAGAGGAAUCUUCCUUCCGAACGCAGUCUGUCCCCAUGAGCCUUCCGUUCUGGAUGUGUGCACUGGUUCCAUUUAGGUGAUCGAAGUUCAGCAGAGCUGCUUGUUCUCCCAUGGAUUCCUGUCCCAAGCUACCUCUAGCACCCCACUUCUCCAGUGAGACUUUUCUGUUUGCCUCUUCCCCUCCCCAUCUACUCUUUAAAGUUCUGCAGUUCACCAAAUUGACAGUCCAUUAAAUUCACCCAUCUGGAAUGACCCCCUGCCAGUACUUGGCCAAUUUCAUGUUUCAGUCUGGGUUGUUGUUGUUUUUGUGGUAUGAUGCCUAUGUUUAUUGAAAGAGGUUACCUACAAGGCCAACAUUUGAUUUGAUUGCAGCAUAGAGAAGAAGCACUGGCCCUUCUUUCAAAAUAAAGCAACUUUUAAAAGCACUAUUUUAUUUAUUUCAUUUUAAAAAUAAUAAUCUAUGCAGCACUUCAAGAAACAACUAUAUGGUGUUGUGUAUUAUAAACUGGUGACAUUCUACUAUUUAAUUAUGUAUAACAUUUUCAUUUUUUAUGCUUCUUGAGGUGGUAAUGAGAAAAAAGUUUUUUAAAAAAGUGUGCCUUGCUGUAUUUCUUAUACCAUUUAUUAAAAAGCUGCUUUCAUGGUAAAAUUAUGUUGGUUUGGAAGGAGGAAAUAGCAAGGUUAAGAUGUGUGAAUAAUUUCUGUAUAUAUGUAUAACCAACUACAAACAUUGAUGUAUAAUGACAGUAUAAAAUGCUUUCAUGUUUAUGAUGUCUAGUGAUGUGGAAAAUAUAAGCCUUAAAUCCACUAGAUUGCAUGGUAAUUAAAAUUGGCAUAAUAAACAAAGUUUAUUGAGGGAAAAGGAAAAACAGUGAUCUCUUCUACCUGUGUUCUUAACCCAAUGAUUGCAUCUGGUUCUGGAAAAAAACAAUAGUGUGGCAGUUUCCAAAAUGUCCAAAUUGCAUAAGGGGCUUAAUUUACUUAAACUGCACAUGAAGCCUUCACAAUUUGCGAAAGCUUUCUGAUCACUGUAAAAGUCUUGGAACACAAAUGAUUAAAUGCCAGUGCCCCAAACUGAUAAAAAUUUAACUUAUAUUAUUUAUUUCUACUUACCAUUAAUGGUUUAAUGUUGGAUUUCAGGAUACCUAGUAUGUCUCAUAUUUAUUUUACAUAAUUCUUUUGAAUAGGUUUAACAGAAAGAUGGUAGGAAAGUAUAGAAAAUUUGACUUUUGAUUUAGACUGUAGAUUGCAGACAUAUUUAUUUUGUGUAAAAGAAAUUAGCUGAGAAAUAUUCUGUUUGGUCUUUAUGGCUCUUAUUAAAUGCAGUUUUUAAUUUAUAUCCUAACACCUACUAAAGUGCCUGACACACAGUAGGUAUUCAAUAAAAACUUGCUGAAGUAUUGAAUUAGGCCAUAUGGAUGACAUCUGUAUUUUCAUUUUGAAAAACCUAUGCUAAAACAUGUACAUAGCUAGAAAAGAAGAUACCCAUAUAAAGCACAUAUGUAUGUGUUUUAUAAAAACAUGUAAUAUACUAUCAGUUUAUGUCAAAUUUCAAAAAGAAAUAAUGUGUGUUCAAACAAUCACAAAAAUGAUAUUCAUUCAAUUGAUAGUUCAUUAACACUUUUUAUCUGCAAGGACUGUGGUAAAUGGAGAGGAUGCAAUGAUGAACACAGGCCCCGCCCUCAGGAGGCUGACCUCCGUGACAGACCCCGUGAACACCCAGACGCGAGGCAGCAGGGGGUCCUGCAGGUGCAGAGCAGAGGACAGGGGCGGAAUAGGCACGAGGACAGAAGCAGCAAGGAGGGGCAAGGAGGAAGAAAAGGGCUAGAAGAGAGCAGAAAGUCAGAAAGCAGAAAACUAGUGACGCAUUAUCGCGGGGACAGUGGGAGAAAAGGUACAUUGGGAAGGCUUAAUGAAGGGCCUUUUUUAUGUAAUAUGCUGGGUAGUAAGGGAGACUGUAGAGUCUUUGUUUUGCACCUGAUUUCAUUUAUCGUGAGAAUUUUAUUAGUACCACACCAAGAACAUUUAAAAAAUACUAGUCUAUAAUUCUACCAUUUUCAUAACUAUUUGUAUUGUCAUGACCCUUCUAAUCUGUUCCAUACAGAUAUUUCUAAAUUGAUGAAUUUUUAUAGGCUUUUGAAUAAGUGGUAAUUUGCUCAAAAGAGGUUUUAGGCAGACAUUUAGUUUCGGUGUUAAGGCGAUUACAGGGGAAAGAGAGUAGAGAGAAAUGUCUCAUUAGGAGGCAGCUGUAGAAAAUAAACUAGGCUUGGGAUGAUACAGAGUACAUGGGGAUAGUGCCCUGGAAUGUACAGAAAGAACAAAUCCUGGAGUCUUUGAAAUACUUAACAGCAUUCUGGAUCUCUGUUGAGGUAUGGUAUUAUUUUAUAUAUGAAACAACCUUAAUUUUCCUUGUAUAGUAAUUAAUGCCAAGUCUGUCUAUUGGCAAAACGUUUAAAGAAUUGACUAUGAUGGUCUAUUUACCUGUUGUAUGUUUAUUCAAGACCUUGAGGUAGUGAAAAUAUUUAUUAUCUACUUAGUGUUAACACUGAAUUUGUAGAACGAUUUUCAGGUUUAUUGAACCAUAAUUUUUCAGGUUGGAAGGGAUGGGAUAGCCUCAAUCUCUUGCUCUGUGUCGGCACUACCUCCCCAGGUACCCUUGAAAAUGGUCACACCUGUCUACACACUUCCAGUGACAGUGUUAAAGCAAGCUGUCCCACUGUUGGGUGUGUCUGUUUGUUAAAAGUUCUUUGUAAGGUUGCUAAAAUCUGCAUAGUGCUCCCCUCCCACCAUCCUUUAAUUUUGCUCACUGGUCCUAGUUCUGCCUUGAUGAGCAGCUCCUACCCCUUCUUUUUCAUGGCAACCCUGAAGAAAAUUGAGGCCAGUUACUUACCUUCUCCCAGCUUCUAUGAUUUCUAUUCUUGAAUUCUCUCAAAUGCCCUUCAUAUGUCAUGAUUUUCAGAUCCAUUUCAACCUGACUGAAUGUUAACAGACAGAGUCCUUGAAAUUGAGGAACUGUCUUCAUCAUCAUACGUGUAGAAAAAUAUCUGAACACUUAAGUGGUAAGUUUUCUCUAAAAAUAUAUUCAAGAUAUAUGUUUAUUCUAUUAUUGUAAAUUUCCUUAAAUAAAUAAAUAAAUAAUCCAUUA